CUCAUUUGUGAUAUUUUUGCACGUUACAAAGCAUAGGCCUGUUUUGAAGCUCACAAGCCAGCGCAAGCCCAAUCUUGAUUAAAUUCUUGAACUCAUUUUCUCCUUCUCAAUGUAGCGAAGUGCAGAACAGAGGAGGCGAAUACAAUUUUAUUUCAAGAGAAGAAGAACACUAUAAACUCAAAGUAAAAUGGGAAGAACUGAAGAACUCUUUGAGGAGCUUAUGAAUGUUGAAGUAGAGCUUCACGACGUCCAAGACCAAAUAAAAUUAUUGCUAGAUCAACAAGAGAAAUUGCAUGAGAGACAAUCUGAACUUAAAGCUUUGUUGGAAAGUUGUGAAUCAUCUAGUGGCCCGGGUGACGAUAAUGCUGCUGUUUCAGUAGACGACUGGUCAAGGCCAUUCGUAUGGGACUCUCAAGCUGAUGACAUUAGGUUUAAUGUUUUUGGCAUAUCAAAAUAUCGUGCAAACCAGCGAGAGAUAAUAAAUGCAAUAAUGAGUGGAAGGGAUGUUCUAGUAAUUAUGGCUGCUGGUGGGGGCAAGAGUCUCUGCUACCAACUUCCGGCAGUUCUUCGUGAUGGGGUGGCUCUUGUUGUCAGUCCUUUGCUUUCUCUUAUUCAAGAUCAGGUCAUGGGGUUGGCUGCUUUAGGCAUCCCAGCUUUCAUGUUAACCUCAACAACUAGCAAGGAUAAUGAGAAAUUCAUAUACAAGGCUUUGGAGAAGGGCGAUGAUGAGCUUAAAAUAUUGUAUGUUACACCAGAAAAGAUAUCCAAGAGCAAGAGAUUUAUGUCAAAACUUGAAAAGUGUCACCAUGCUGGUCGUCUUUCUUUAAUUUCAAUCGAUGAGGCACAUUGCUGUAGCCAGUGGGGCCAUGAUUUCCGUCCAGAUUACAAAAAUCUUGGUAUUUUAAAGACUCAGUUUCCGAAUGUUCCUGUGGUUGCUCUAACAGCAACCGCAACAAAGAAAGUACAGGAUGAUUUGAUGGAGAUGCUUCAUAUUCCUAGAUGCAUUAAGUUUGUUAGUUCAGUGAACAGACCCAAUCUUUACUACAUGGUGCGUGAGAAGUCAUCUGUAGGAAAGACAGUGGUUGAUGAAAUUGCUGAAUAUAUUCUAGCAUCAUAUCCAAAUAAUGAAUCUGGGAUAGUUUAUUGCUUCUCCAGGAAGGAGUGUGAACAGGUUGCACAAGAAUUGCGUAAAAGGGGAAUUUCAGCCGAUCACUAUCACGCCGAUAUGGAUGUAAAUGCUCGUGAGAAAGUACAUCUAAGGUAAAAGUUUUCCUUUGAUAUUUCUGUCUGCUCAUU